CUAAAAUUGUGCUCCCAGCGGAAAGAACCAGUAAUAUAUUUUGAUAAGAGUUGUGUUUUAGCGAAAAUUAAAACUUGUUCGGGUUUGAUAAUCGUCGUUUUUAAUGUCAACACAUACACAUAAGCCCCACUAGUGCACAUUACAUACAUACAUAUGUACAUCCAAAACAAUAUUGGGGUGGACUUUAAUUGAGGGGGAUAUUGGGGGAUUAGUUGUGAUUUACUUUUACUUUUGGUUUUCUGUCAGAGGAAAAAUUGAUUCCAGUUAAAUUUGCCUUUGAUUUGCGAUCUGCGAGAUUCAAAAUUCAAAUUGUCCAUUUUGCUAAAAUCGCAGUCAUCGCAACCCAAGCUCAAGCUCAAGCUCUAAUCCCCGGCAGAAAUCCAAAAACCAUGUCUGACGACUUCGAUGGCUGCGAGUGCGUUUGGUCGCACGAAUUUGCUAUGCAGAGGCUAAUAAACUUUAUUCGCCAAAAUCAGAAUGCCUGUACGGACACUGAGUGCUUCGACGUUAGCGGACGUAUGCCGCAGCAGCAGCAGCGCGCUGGGGACGGCGAUAACAGCGGUUUCACCAUCACAAUGAUGUUCAUGAUCCUGGCCUUGCUCAUGUACGUCUUUAAUCCAAGUACCUGGGGUCAGUUGACCAGCAGCAAGCAGCCGAGUAGCCGUCGCGACAACAACCAUGAUGGCUCGCCGCCUUCACCGCAGCCUCCUCCGCCGGCCAUCAACUAGAGGUCGUCCAGUGGCGCAUCAUCAAUGCCGCAGAUGCCGAGCUUGAGCUUUUCCAUCACAAUUCGCAACUUGCAUUUCCUUUUAAUUUCCUUUCGGUUUUCUUCCGCGGUAAUUGAACGAAAAAAAAUAUCUGUUGACUACAAUAAGGGAUGGAAUCAGAAUCAAAGCAAUAAAACAUAAUUAAUUGGUGAAAUCCUUGAGCACGCCGUAUUAAAAAAAUUAGACAAAAUAUACAUUAUUUACAUUGUACAAAAAGACACACACACACAACAUACAUGAAUACACAGGCUUGAGUAAGUCAAAAUUUUGAAAAUACACUUUUAAAAACCAAA